CCGCGCCCACUUCCUCCGCCGCUCCCGCACCCGCACCCGGCCAGCCGGCGGUGGCGCACCCGGGUGGCAGUGCUGCGCGCCCAGACCUCCCCGGCGGCUGCGGCGGCGAGGCGGCCCUCGGCGCGCUCGGAUAACCCCACCGCGCGCGCCUUGCGACCCGGCGGCCGGCGGAGCGUUCGGCUGCCCGCAUGGACGCGGCGCUGAAGCGGAGCCGCUCCGAGGAGCCGGCGGAGCUCCCGCCGCCCGCCCGGGAGGUGGACGAGAAAGAGGAGGAGGAGGAAGAGAGGAUGGAGCAGGGCCUGGAGGAGGAGGAGGAGGAGGUGGACCCCCGGAUCCAGGGAGAACUGGAGAAGUUAAACCAAUCCACGGAUGACAUCAACAGACAGGAGACUGAACUUGAGGAUGCACGCCAGAAAUUCCGAUCUGUCCUGGUCGAGGCCACGGUGAAACUAGACGAGCUGGUGAAGAAAAUCGGCAAAGCUGUGGAGGACUCGAAGCCCUACUGGGAGGCGCGCAGGGUGGCAAGGCAGGCUCAGCUGGAAGCUCAGAAAGCCACACAGGACUUCCAGAGGGCCACUGAGGUGCUCCGUGCUGCCAAGGAGACCAUCUCCCUGGCCGAGCAGCGGCUGCUGGAGGAUGACAAACGGCAGUUCGACUCCGCUUGGCAGGAGAUGCUGAAUCACGCGACUCAGAGGGUCAUGGAGGCGGAGCAGACCAAGACGAGGAGUGAACUGGUGCACAAGGAGACUGCAGCCAGGUACAACGCGGCCAUGGGCCGUAUGCGGCAGCUGGAGAAGAAGCUCAAGCGGGCCAUCAGCAAGUCCAAGCCUUAUUUUGAGCUCAAGGCUAAGUACUACGUGCAGCUGGAGCAACUGAAGAAGACAGUGGAUGACCUUCAGGCCAAGCUGGCCCUGGCGAAAGGCGAGUACAAGGCGGCCCUGAAGAGCCUGGAGAGGAUCUCUGACGAGAUACAUGAGCGGCGGCGUUCCAAUGCCAUGGGUCCUCGGGGCUGUGGCGUGGGGGCUGAGGGCAGCGUCUCAUCCGUGGAGAGUCUGUCUGGGAACAAGCCUGAGCCUGAUGCCAUUUCUGUGGCUUCCGAAGCCUUUGAAGACGACAACUGCAGCAACUUAGUGUCUGAAGAUGACUCAGAAACCCAGUCUGUAUCCAGCUUUAGUUCAGGACCGACGAGUCCAUCGGAAAUGCCUGACCAGUACCCUGCAGUAGCAAGGCCCGGCAGCUUGGAUCUGCCCAGCCCCGUGUCCCUGUCUGAAUUUGGAAUGAUGUUUCCAAUUCUGGGCCCUCGAAGUGAAUGCAGCGGGGCCUCCUCCCCCGAAUGUGAGGUAGAACGAGGAGACAGAGCGGAAGGGGCUGAGAAUAAAACGAACGACAAAGCCAACAACAACCGAAUUCUCGGCAACAGCAGCAGUGGUGGCGGCAGGGGCAGGAGCAGAAGCAGCACGUCCCUUGAGGGCCAGGCCCUGGAAACCCGUAUGAAGCAACUCUCCCUACAGUGCUCAAAAGGAAGAGAUGGGGUUAUUGCUGACAUAAAAAUGGUGCAGAUUGGCUGAUCCAACCAGGGCUGUGGCCCAUGUGCAAAUCACAUUUACACAUGAAACUCAAGAAACAUCGUGCCAAUAAUCAUUUAACCUAAGCCAAAUAGUUUGCAUUUACUCUCAACUGCACUAACCAGGUUUCAGUGACCUUGAGGGCUGAAGAAUUCCCCCUCUGAUAAGAGCUCUUGGGCUGGCGUGUUCUUCAGAGCAGAGCCAUUGCAGGUGAACUGUGACCAGGGUCACGGCCUUUGCAGAACGCUCCCUGUGGCGGCAGUGUGGAAGCAAUAACUAGUUUCUGUGAAGGAACCGGAGCCAGGAGGAGAACUGGACACUUAGCCAGACUGGGAUCACUUAGCCCACAUCUCUGUCCCCUCUUCCCUCUGUUUGGGGAAACUGAGAUGUUUUCUCCAUUGUAUCACAGGGCGCCAAAAUAAUUUUAAAACUCACACAGACACACACUCAAGUGUUCAGAACACAUUGUUUGGACCUGGUGGAAGCUUAAGAGCAAUGGUGAGAACAUGAAUUAUCUUCUUUCACCCGUGGUGCUCAGAGGGAGAUUUUAAGAAAGCAUGUCUUCUGGGACACCCACGGACCAUAUCCUAGGAAGCUACCGUGAACCGCACUUUUGGGGGGUGGGAAAGGUGAGUGAAUGCCAAUGUGGGGAUGGGUCAGGAGGUGGCAGGGACAUAGCGUAGAGGGGAUUGGUGGCCGUGGGAGGUUCUAUAGCCUGACCGUGGCCUGACCGCCGAGGGGGGUUUAUUCUAAGACAAGUGCAUGUGAAGAAUGGUUGCCACUGUUCUCUCUAGACUGACAAGUUGAUUUCUCUUUAGGCUGUAACUUCUACAAUAAUUGCGAUUAUUUAAGGGUUAUGCUGCACCUAGUAUUUCUUAGAGGAAACGGUCCUUAAAGCUAGGAAAGGGAGUGGGCAUGUUACUGGCAGAGGCUGGUAAAUAGAAGCAAUGGAUGUCAUGAUAAUAGUAGCGUGUUUAGACUUACUGUUUAUGGUUAUGCAUAUUUGGGGCACUGUAUUUUAUUUGUCCUGUUUUAUUGAUUUGGCUUUUCUGAAGAAAAAAGCACCCCCCCAUUUCAAAUUGUCUCUUAAUUCUGUCAUAGCUUGUAUAUUUUAGCUAUGUGUGUAUAGCUUCAUACAACAGUGGUGUCUCCUUUUUUAUUGAUGAAUAUAGUAUCCUAAUUACAAGGUUAUUUUGUACUUGUUUUAAUACCUUGAGGGUAAUAAAAACUAAGAAAACUUUGUGACUUCA